AUGGCUUACUCUUCCCUGCUGCGCCGCGGCCGAGGUUUUGCCGGAUUUUCUAGUUAUUUUAUUUCUGGAAAACGGAGUAAUUGGUUUUGUCGGAGAGGCAUGAGCACGGCGGCGCUGAUGUCGCCGGAAAAAACCAAUCCAUCUUCUUCUUCUUGUUCUUCUCCGUGGCUGAUGCUGCAACCCGCAUAUGAAGCCGACGCCGUCUGCAGUGCCGCCACGUUGACUUACAAGUUCUACAACCUAGCGGAGAACAGGGUCGUGACCUUGGGGGUCCCACUAAUACCCUUCGGCCUUCUGAGUUUCCGGGGUUCCUCCGGCGGUGGCUGGCUAUCCCUUGUGCAGCCCGAAACCCACGAUCUGUUACUUGCACCCAUUGUCCAUAAGUCCUUCCUCUCCUGCUCUCCCGACCGUGAAAAAUGUGUGGCCGUGAGGCUAACCUACUGUGGGGAUUCCAUGGCUGUGUGCUGCCCCUUGUCCAGUGACAAGUGGAGCUGCUUCGGCACCAAUUCCUGCUUCGGCACCAAUUCCGGAGACGACCAUUACUUAGAUUGCGUCUACUCCACAAGCCAACGGACACUCUUUGCCCUCACAAGCACUUUCCAGUUGGAGGCUUGGGACGUGACGGCUGCAUCCCCAGAACUGAUACGAAUUAUGGGUGAGUUUAGUAAUAUCCUCGACCACGAAGAGGAGAUGAUGAAGAAGAAGUUGUUAGGGUCUAGAGAUGACUUGACAUGUUGGCAUGUGUACCAUCUGGUGGUUGCCGGAAAGGAUCUCCUGGUGGUGACUCAGUACGUCAUGCUAACGGUCGACUCAAAUGGCUUGUAUGUUGAUUGGGAGGCAGAAGGAUCGGAAGAAGAAUCAAAUGAAGAAUCAGAUGAAGAAUCACAAGGAUGGCCUUUUGGCCAUCCGACCGCGACUAUUGAUUUUGAUGUUCAUAGAUAUGAUCCGGAGGAUGGGGAUCUCAAGUACGUGGAAGGUUCGUCUUUGGGUGGUUGGGCUCUUUUCGUUGGUCACUACAACCACUCUGUUGCGCUGCGUGCACGCGACUUCCCGGACUCAAGCCCAACUCCAUUUACUUCACGGAUGCUUUAG